AUGGCCGCUGUCCUCGAUGAAGCCUUGAUACGAUCUGGCCGUGUUGACAAGCAGAUCAAGUUCCAGCUUGCAGAGGCUGACGUGGACCUUCCCCGCCAGACUACUGGCGAUAUUAGCCCGGCCACGCUUUGGCUCUCGGGUAACUGGCACGCUGUAACGCUUGAUGGAACACCUGAUGCGGUCUUUGAGCGAGCAUCGCGAGAUAGUGCUAAUGAGCUUGAGGGCACAUUGGAGAAGCUCAAGCAGCAGUAG